GAUAUAUCUGAUAACCUGUUUUGGUUCAUCGGAGUUAGAGUUUCUUUUCUGAGAUAAGGAGACUAGGAUACUCCAUCUAUCCCCCCGAUGUGAUGCCGUUUGAGUUCCGGCACAUUCCAAACUCCUGCCGCUAUCAAAUUCUUUUUUCACUCGAUCCGAUUAUCAGCGGGAUUCAAGCCAGGAGUGACAAGUUUCUGGUAGCGCAGAAUAAAAUGGAAGACUAAAUAGCAACGGAUUAUCUCCAUAUUAGGAAAGACGUGUCGUUUCGGAGACUACUUACGAUUUAUUCUAGAUUCAAUUUUGCCCUAUGGAGUGGAUCGAAAACAUGUCAUUGAUUUCGGAGUUUGUGAGAGUAGGUGGGAAUAUUUGCAUCAUGCCAGCAAAUACUCGCUGGGUUCGGGGUUGAUGUCGACUUGAGGAUCGGUAUAUAUAUACAUCAGGUUUGUUCUCGUUUUUUAUAUUCUUCUUCACUAUCAUCAACAUCAUCAAUACAAUCAACAAUCAAUCAACUCUUCACAUCUUCAGUACUCACUACCCACUACCACCUACUCAAUACUCAAUCAACAACCAAUACUACCUUUCAACUCUUCUACAUCCACCGCUACAUCUAUCAAAAUGGUUGAAUUCACUGUCUUCAAGGGUUCCAAGGAGGGAAAGAUCGUUAAGGCUACCACCACCAGAGAAAUUGGUGCCAAUGAAGUCUUGGUCAAGAUCACUCACUCGGUAAGAGACCCAAUUCCACCUUGAGUUAAUUCCAAGUACUACAAUCCACUAUUCCCAAAGUUGCUCGCAUAUGCAAUCGAAGCAUUGGGAUAUCCCAGCAGCUGCAUCAAAUAUUCUCCGAACAUAUCACUAACAUCAUAUAACAGGGUCUUUGCGGUACCGAUGAACAUUACAGACAUGCCGAUAUGGCCCUAGGCCACGAGGGUGCUGGUGUUGCUCAGGUGGGUACUUUCACUCCUUAUCUUCCGCCCUUUCCACUCGCCUAGCGGGAUUGGGGAAUUUGAGCGGAACUGUCGCAUAAUGCAAUAGAUACCAAUCAAUCUUCAUUCCCGCCUAGACUUGACUGGAAACACCACUUUCAUAAAACCAAAUAACUAACAGUUUCACAGGAAGUUGGAUCUGCUGUCAAGAACAUCAAGAAGGGUGAUUCCGUCGGAUGGGGUUACCAACACAACUCUUGCAAUGACUGCAAGCAAUGUCUCACUGGUCACGAAACUCUCUGCGCCGGCCGUGUCAUGUAUGGUGAGGCCAACUUGGACCAAGCAUCCAUGGGAACUCAUGCAGUCUGGGAUGCCGGAUUCCUCUUCAAGAUCCCUGAUAACCUUGCCCGCGAAUAUGCCGCUCCUCUCAUGUGUGGAGGUGCCACUGUCUACAAUGCUCUCCGCUCCUUCAACGGUGGUGUCAAGCCAAGCGAGCGUGUCGGUAUCAUCGGUAUUGGAGGACUUGGUCACUUGGCCAUUCAAUUCGCCGCCAAGAUGGGUUGUGAAGUUGUUGUUUUCUCCUCCACUGACGCUAAGAAAGAGGAGGCUCUUUCCCUCGGUGCCACUGAAUUCGUCGCUACGAAGGGUGUCUCCGAACUCAAGAUCUCAGCUCCAAUUGAUCACCUGAUCGUCACCACCUCUUUCCAACCAAACUGGCAUCAAUUCAUGGAGAUCAUGGCUCCUCAAGCUACCAUCUACCCAUUGACCGUCUCAUUCGAAGAUAUGAGCAUCCCAUACAUGCCAAUCAUCUUGAACGAGUUCAAGAUCCAAGGAUCUUUGGUCGCAGCUAGACAAGUCCACAGAGAUAUGUUGGCAUUCGCUGCACACCACGAGAUCAAGCCAAUCAUUGAGCAAUUCCCAAUGAGCGAGGAAGGUAUCCAAGAGGCCAUGAAGAAACUCGAGGAUGGCAAGAUGAGAUACAGAGGUGUUAUCGUUGCUCCUCAAUAAAUUUGGGAUGUCGACUUUGACUUGAUGAACAUAGGCAUUGGAUAACAUGGAUGGAUUAUGAUAGAUUUGGAUGGGUUGUGAUUUAAUGGGUUGGAGUUGAAUAUAAGGAUAUCUGGAUGGAUUAUUGUAAUGAUAGCGUUGGGAAAAAUAUUUAGACUGAUAGAUAAUCUUUUUUACAAUAUAUCUUUUUGAAAA